AUGGACAGCAAAGGGAGGAGAGGGACGAACGGAUCCUUCAAACGCUCAUCCAUCAAACGCAGCGCGUCGUCAGGAUCACAGAAGGUUCACAGAGUUUGGAUCGAGAAGACUUUCCAGAAGAGAGAAUGUAUCCAGAUUAUUCCCAGCAAAGAUGCCACCAGGUGCAGUUGCGGUCAGCUGGUGACACAGCACACCACCAUCCCUCCUGGGGCCAAAGAGGAGGGGGCCCCACUCAUUCAGCUGGAGGUCCAACCCCCAGAGAGAUGGAGUCCCCUCAAACACACCCAGACCUCCCCCACCGAUGCCUAUGGAGUCAUCGAGUUCCAGGGGGGAGGACAUGUCAACAAGGCCAUGUACAUCAGGGUCUCCUAUGACUCUAAACCGGACUCCCUGCUCCACCUGAUGGUGAAGGACUGGCAGUUGGAGCUCCCCACGCUGCUCAUUUCAGUCCACGGAGGCCUUCAGAACUUCGACCUGCCGCCAAAACUGAAGCAGGUUUUUGGAAAAGGACUGAUCAAAGCCGCUGUGACCACAGGAGCCUGGAUCUUCACCGGAGGAGUCAGCACAGGAGUGAUCCGCCAUGUUGGAGAUGCCCUGAAAGAUCAUUCAUCCAAGUCCAGAGGGAAAGUGUGCGCCAUUGGCAUCGCACCAUGGGGGAUCAUUGAGAACAAAGAGGACCUGAUUGGAAGAGACGUGACCCGGUCCUAUCAGACCAUGUCCAACCCGCUCAGCAAGCUGUCGGUCCUGAACAGCAGCCACUCCCACUUCAUCCUGUCCGAUAACGGCACCACAGGGAAGUAUGGUGCUGAGGUCCGUCUGCGCAGGCAGCUGGAGAAACACAUCGCCCUGCAGAAGAUCAACACACGUCUUGGUCAGGGGGUCCCGGUGGUGUGUCUGAUCCUGGAGGGGGGUCCUAACGUCAUCUCCAUUGUGCUGGAGAGUCUGAAGGAGGAGCCUCCAGUCCCCGUUGUGGUCUGUGACGGCAGCGGUCGAGCCUCUGACAUCAUUUCCUUCGCUCACAAAUACUGUGAGGAGGAUGGGUUGGUGAGCGAGAGUGUCAAAGAUCAGCUGCUGGUCACCAUCCAGAAAACCUUCAACUACAGCCGCAGCCAGGCGCAGCAGAUCUUCCUCAUGGUGAUGGAGUGCAUGAAGAAGAGAGCUCUGGUAGGUCAGAGGGCAGAAACACUCAGCCCUGGUAUGACCUGUUUCAUAUCAAUGAUUCUGUUCAUUCAAAUCCAUUUUCCAUCAAUGCAACAAUAAAACAGCUCCUC